AUGUGGUCGUCGUCCUCCACGUCGAAUGUGGAUCUGUUAUUCCCUAGACGCCCGCGUCGUGGCUCUGGUGACUCGAAUGGCUCCUCAACCCGUCGCAGUAGCGCCACCAGUCGUCUAGAACAGCGCCGUCGUGACUUACCGCCGCAUUCGGUGUCGACAGGCGGCUUAUGGGCAUUCGACGGGCCCUCUACCAGUUCAGCGAGCUUUACCUCGUCUCCCACGGUCGCUACAGACUACAGCGUGGUAUCGGCAGCUCCUUCGCCAUCUGAGGAGCCGAAUGCAGCUCCUCCAGGUCUCCAGAAGGGCUUGAAAACUGCGAAUCAUGGCGUUAUCGGGUCGUAUUCUAGUGGCGAAGUCACAGCUCGAAUGCUCUGGAACAGACCCGAGAGGGAAGAGGAAGAGCGAGAAGAGGAGGCUCUGCCCUCGUACCUGAGCUACCUACAGGCUCCCGAUGAUGUCAGGGAGAUGAAGAGCCAACAACUGGCACGAGCACUGCAGGAAUAUAUUAUGGUGCAGAUGCAGGGGGUUCCAGGCAGCUCUAACGCUGUAGGAGGCUGUAGCUGCGAACGCCGUGUGAUCGAGCUGGAGAAACAGGUUCAGAGUCUGUUAGCGGCCCAAAAACAGGAUAACACGGCGUCAGAAGAGACGGGAAGCGCUGUAGGAGAUCGAGUAUCCACGCUGGAAGGGCGUCAGAGUGCGUUCCAGUCGCAAUUGGCUCAAAUCUCCAAAGUCCUCGGUGUGCCAGUGGGGAAACAUGGCAAGAGCAGUCAGCUCAAGACACUGGUGCAGACGCUGCAUGAAGAAAUUGACUCCAAGGUCCAAUCAGCGGUAGCUGACGUGGAGGCUGCGUGUGUAGCCAGCGCCACGAAGCGUACCGAGCAGUUGAUUGCUGAGGCAGCUACGUCAUCUUCUCCUGCUGGCGAAUCAUCGACGCCGUCGGAGUCAAAUGACGACAAGAAGCAGCAGCUUCCAAGUGACUACGAUACCAGUUCUGCCUCUGGGUUGCCCUUCGCUACCGUGUUGAAUGCGUUAGCGGAAGAGCACGAGGCCUCGUUGACGAGACUCAGCACGCAUUUUGACGAACGGCUGCGUCUGGAAGGGUCACAACGUAUAGCGGUGGAAGGACGCGUGCGUGCCCGUCUAGGCGAGCUGGAGGAAUGGUUACAGCAGGUUGAAGGUGAGCUCGGAGGCUCCCACUUCCAACCAAGUGUGGCUUCAGCGUCUAUCCCUGCCAUGACGAAACAACUGAACGCUCUCCAGACUCAAUUAAAUGAGCUGGAAAGCUCGUGGAAGCCACAGCGGCAGGAGGUCCACGAGAUCUCUGCCAAAAUGGAAAAGCUACCGGAUCUCGACGCGUUACAGGCGCAGUUGGGGCAACAGCGUGACGACAUGAAGGCUCUUCGCGACAACAUCGCCAGUCUAGAGGCAGUGGGGUUGUCAACCCGUGACGAAACUCUCGCGGUGACUCGCACGUCGCAGGGCUUAAAGUUAAUUGUAGAAAAACUCGUACGUGAUACAGGGUCAGCCGAGGAGCUGCUGCAACAAUAUGUGAGCACGAUUACACACCAAGUGGCCAGCGUGACUCGACAGUACGUGUCUGUGCGCAUUCGAGACAACAAUCGACUGCUGGACGCCACGCUACGUGCGCGAGUGCCCGACUACGUUGCAAAUGAGAGCGAAAGUUUUUUACUGGUACAAUUUCAGCUUCCGAGCUCCCAAGCCCAGCACCAUCGGCAACACCAUUAG